CUCCGCUGUAGUCAAGCAAUCUUGUACUAUGUAACUGAGACUCUUGCAUGGUUUGCGUUUCACGCAUUUGCCCGAAGUCAAGAUCUGGCUCCUUGCAGAAUCUGUGGAAGACAUUUUGCACAAGAUGUUCUGCUGAGACAUGAUCCAAUAUGCAGGAAAGUCUUCAACAAGAAGCGCAAGCCCUUCAGCUCUAUGAAGCAGAGACUGCAGGGAACAGAAAUCAUGACCAUUAGGAAGCAGCACCCACAAAAGAAACAGCCAGAGAAGAAAUCUAAUUGGAGGCAGCACCAUGAGGAUUUUAUUAAUGCUAUUCGAUCAGCCAAGCAGGUCACAAAAGCUCUGAAGGAGGGCAGCCCUCUUCCACCUCCUCCCCCACCAAGCAUCAACCCAGAUUAUAUUCAGUGUCCACACUGCUGACGAAGAUUUAAUGAAGCUGCAGCAGAGAGGCACAUGGAGUUCUGCGAAGAACAAGCCAUCCGCCGUGCCUUUGCUGCAAAGACCACUAGACCAGUGGGCAAGCAACCGGUGACUCAGAGCAAACCCCCAGCAGCUGCUGCAUUACCGCUUCAGAAGAGAGCACAAGAAGGUGCCAGUACAGACAAACCUAGGCCAGGUAGGAGUUCAUUUAGCUAUGUCUAUGUUUUUCUCAUAAGAAACUCUGAUAGACCUCUUCAGGAAUAGUACAGAAACCCAGAAAAUCUUUGGGUGCAUCAACUGGACAAAAGUCUUCAGGAGCAUUUGGUUUACAAACGAGCAAC